CGAUCAGAAGUAGUGUCAACCAAAUUUGGGGACAUCGAAGGGUUAGAGGUCUCGUAUCCAAAUGCCUCUGGUCAUUUUAAAUCCGUUAGCAAGUUCCUUGGCGUACCUUUCGCCGCUCCACCAGUUGGAGCGCUAAGGUUUAGACCACCACAACCGCCGAAGAGUUGGAAACCGAAGGUGUAUCUGGCCAAAAAACAUGGAAACAUCUGCGUACAACCGAAUUAUUUGGAAAAAUUUAUCAGGUCUGUGACUCCAAAUUUCACGUACAGUGAGGAUUGCUUAUAUCUCGAUAUCUACAGCCCGAAUACCAGCCUCAGUUUGCCAGUGAUGGUUUACAUUCACGGUGGAGGUUACGCCGGCGGAACAGCGAUAGUGUCUCCCAGCGAUAUUUUGGCUCUUCAUGGGGUAGUGGUAGUCAUAAUCCAGUAUCGUCUAGGUCCCUUUGGUUUCUUGACGACCGGUGAUUCGGAAGCUCCUGGUAACUAUGGAAUGCUGGAUCAAGUAGAAGCUCUGAAAUGGGUCCAUGAAAACAUUAAGUAUUUUGGCGGGAAUCCCAGCAAGGUUACCAUAUUUGGACAGAGCGCUGGAGGGUCCAGUGUAGGGCUUCACCUCUUAUCGCCUCUGACACGUGAUCUCUUUCAUCAAGCCAUUGCAGAAAGCGGUGUAGAUUUAAGUUCCUUUGCGAUUCGGCCAAAAUCUUAUGGUCCUCGUUUCACGAGAGAGCUUUCAAAAAGACUGAACUGCGGCUUGAGUAACCACCAUGCAAUGGUUUCCUGUAUACGCGACAAGAGUGCUACAGACGUGCAGAAAGCCGCAGAAUCAAUCGAAUUUGUGUUCACUAAUUACCUCUGCUUGGCACCGGUGGUAGAUGACCACUUUCUUCAUGACACACCCCGCAACUUGAGGGAGAAAGGAGAUUUUAAGCAAGUGCCACUUAUUAUUGGCUUUACCAGCAAUGAUGGGGCGUCUUUUCUUGGUUAUAUGGUCAACGAUUCUUUUGGGCUAAACGAGAGCGUGGACAAUGGAGUGAAUCCGACUUUACUCAAAGCAUCGCUAUCCAAAUUUGCUCGUGCUCGAACCAGUAGGUAAGUUGUAUAGAGGCCUUCCCUUAGACAACUCGGCGAUCUACCUAAUCUCCCGACUUCUUCAAUCACAAGGGCGAGAAGUAUCCUGGUCCCAGAGGUUUUUCUUGAUUUUCUUCCGCGUAAGGGAGAAAGAGUCGCGAAGAAAAAUCUGGGACCCGGGUAACCGAAAAGAUAUGAGUAUGAGAAUGUCAUAGAGUUUGAUAUUCCAGAUGUUAGAGUGACCGUAGAUUACAAGGCGGGGAGGGGGGGCGUACCUCUUGCAUUGCAUUAUAUUGUUAUUGAGGCCCCUCUUACAACAGAUCAAACUCUUAGGUUUUGACAUCGUUUUCUAAGCACGUUGUAAGUAGGAGUUUUCAGCGAGCUUGUGGGGCCGUCGCGCGCUUAUCACAUGUGCUCCCCAUGACGUAUACUAUCUGAUAAUUGAGCAGAAUUUUAUGAGACUGGUCACAACGUAUAUAGUCUGACGUUAGAGCCACCUUGUAGCACUGGCGGCCCAGACGUAGUGUCUGUCAAUAACAUGGACAAAAUGGGAUGAGUCGUCCAAUCUCCCAUGAACUAAAAUAGUCCGGAAGUCAAAAUAUAACAAAACAAAGCUAACAUACCUUUAACUGAACGUCUUCUUGUCUUUCCUGGUCGGUUAAGGUGGCAUUUUGCGGAGUUUGGCACUCGUAGGUACUAUCCACUCUAGAAGAAUUAAAUCUGGCUACAUAUAUAUAUAUAUAUAUAUAUGGAGAUACGUGUGGACGGGGCAGAAGCAACGACGUCAACGGCUACGAAAACGUCACUUGAAACUGAAGUGAGUUCGCGCUGCUUUAAACUUCAUCACGCUUAUUUUAUCUCGUUCAAUUCGACAAUGUUGGCAAAUUCUUCUGGACUUGAAUUCUAAAGGACUGUGUCGAAGACCAGGAGAAUAAAAAGAAAGUCGUUGUCUGGUGUUCCCGUUCUCCACAAAACGUGAAAUUAGGCAUUUUCACAUCGAAAUCGUGCAGUAACGGCAAAGAAAUUUACAAAUCGUGCAAAGGUGCUGUUUUAUUAAUAAUGCCAUUGCUUUAUUGACGUUCUUGCUGUCGUCGCCGUCGUUGUUGCUAAAGUUCCCUAGUAACUAAACAAGCACGCGGCAAAACGGAAUCUCUUGGUUAAAUAGAUACUAACUACGUCAGCCAGACAGAAUGUGGGAUUGGUUAUGGGCCGGUUUGAGAUUGACACUGGGUCGCUGUUGCGUCGUACUGCACUAUGGGACUUUUUUGAUGGAAGAAUUUUGACCCAGUUUCCCGCGAAACGUUGCAAUAACUAAUAAAGCAAAAAGGACUCCAGAACAGUCCUAUUGUGAGGGCAUUGCAAAACAUCACUGACUCAGUCCCAAACGCAACCUCAAAUGGCCGAUUAAAUUCAAGUAUGAUUUCAUUAAAAAACAAGUAUUCUCUUUUUUUUCCAGCGGUAAGAGCGCUGAUCUCAUCACAGAUGCAUUGGAGUUCAUGUACACCCCUUGGCCUGACAACAGUAAUAAAUACGCAUUAAGAAGUCAACUUGUUGAUCUUAUUGGUGAUAACCUUUACUUUGCUCCCAGUCACAAGGUCGCUGAUGUUCACAGUCAGGUCGCUCCUGUUUACAUGUAUGAGUUUGCUCAUCGGGCAAAAACAAGUAUGGGUGCUGAUUGGAUGGGCGUGGUCCAUAGCGAAAAUGUUCCCUUUGAUUUCGGAGUUCCUUUGCUCCCGAAAUUUUUAUCUCUUUAUAGUCCCGCUGACAGAAAUGUCAGUUUGCUUAUUAUGACCAUGUACGCAAACUUUUCCCGGUCCGGCGAUCCUACAGUCAGGGAUGUUGCGUGGGACAAAUACAAUUCAAGUCACAGAUUUUACAUGCGAGUUGGCGUAAAUCCUCGGAUGGAGGCGUCAUUUCAUCCUCGUCGAAUGUCUUUCUGGAAUGAUUAUUACCCUAAGCUGAUGCAGCUGAAGUUUGAUAUCGUUAAGGACAAAGUAUUCGGCGGUGCUCAUGCUAUUGUUAAUGUUGCCAUGGGAAACGUUUUUCUGGUUUUAUUUGUUGUUGUUUUGCUGAUGUACUAG